CGGAAAUGUCUUACAAUUAUGAACGCAGCUUUUCCCAUUAGCCUUAUUAGCUAACUACUAGUGAUGCAGUUUUGAAAUUUCCCGUUUAGUGUUUAUUGUCGACUAGGCCAUUAAAAGCUUACAAGUGUUUCAGCGGAAAGAUUCAGAUUUGAUUUUACAGAUUUUAUUCCUGAACUCGACAACAGAAGGAUUAGCUACCGUCAACAACUGUAACUCAACGGCUGGUGUAUAAAUAGCUCAGCACUUGUGAACUGAUUUAGCUACAUCUGUAAAACCCCGUUUUAGAGCUCAGCUAUGGAGGGCUCCAAGUCCUCCAGCUCCACCAUGCAGGUUAGCUUCGUGUGUCAGCGCUGCAGUCAGCCUCUCAAACUGGACACAUCCUUCAACGUGCUGGAUCGCGUCACCAUCCAGGAGCUCAUAGCCCCAUUAGUGACAGUGACACAAAGCAAACAGGUGGAGAGCACUGAGGAAGAGAGCGCCACAGAGGAAACAUUUGUGGAAAGCAAACAAGAUGGAGUGGCAAGGAAGUACAUACCCCCAGCACGGAUGAUGUCCACAGAAAGUGCCAACAGCUUCACGCUGAUUGGAGAGGCAUCCGAUGGAGGCACCAUGGAAAACCUAAGCCGUAGGCUGAAGGUGACAAGCGACCUCUUUGACAUCAUGUCAGGUCAAACUGAUGUGGACCAUCCCUUGUGUGAAGAGUGCACUGACACUCUGCUGGACCACUUGGACACACAGCUCAACAUCACAGAGAAUGAGUGCCAGAACUACAGGAGCUGUCUUGAGCUUCUCUCCCAGUUGCGUGAGGAAGAGGAAGAUACCCUGCUGGCAGAACUGCAGCAGCUGAAGGAGGAAGAGGAGUCAUUGAUCCAGCAACUGGAGGCCAUUGAGGAGCAGAGGGGGGUGGUCGCCCACGAGCUGUCCCAGGGCCGCAGCCUCACGCAGCAGCUGGACAGCGAGGAGCUGCAGUACCAGAAGGAGUACAGCGAGUUCAAACGGCAGCAGCUGGAGCUGGACGACGAGCUGAAGAGCGCCGACAACCAGAUGCGCUAUGCUCAGAUCCAGCUUGACCGGCUGAAGAAGACCAACGUCUUCAACGCCACCUUCCACAUCUGGCAUAGUGGUCAGUUUGGGACAAUCAACAACUUCCGUCUGGGCCGGCUGCCCAGCGUGCCCGUGGAGUGGAACGAGAUCAAUGCGGCCUGGGGGCAGACGGUGCUGCUCCUGCAUGCGCUGGCCAACAAGAUGGGGCUGCGUUUCCAGAGGUACCGCUUGGUCCCGUAUGGGAACCACUCCUAUUUGGAGUCUCUGACAGACAAGUCCAAGGAGUUGCCUCUUUACUGUUCUGGAGGCCUGCGCUUUUUCUGGGAUAACAAGUUCGACCACGCCAUGGUGGCCUUCCUGGACUGUGUGCAACAGUUCAAGGAAGAGGUGGAGAAAGGCGACACUGGGUUCUGUCUGCCGUACAGGAUGGAUGUAGAAAAGGGGAAGAUCGAGGACACAGGCGGCAGUGGCGGCUCGUACUCCAUUAAGACGCAGUUCAACUCUGAGGAGCAGUGGACCAAGGCAUUGAAGUUCAUGCUCACCAAUCUCAAGUGGGGCUUAGCUUGGGUGUCUUCUCAGUUUUACAACAAGUGAGGACGGCCACAAGAUGGAAGCCAGCCCCGGUCUGGGGCCACGCAAAAGGGUCCUGGCAAGAACAAGAUGUACAGUGGAACUGAAGCAGCCUCAGCUUCUUUUGAAGCGAAUCCCUUUGUAUAGUAGUCAUUCAUUUGGACUGAUCGUAAGUGCAGGUCCUCAAACUGUAUAUGAUAAUGUAUUAUGUGCAAUCAAGCUUUCAAGGAUCAUCAGUCCUUGGGGUGGAAACAAAUCCCUUUUGUCACAGUAACCACCCUUAGCAUUUGCUUCAAUGUCUAGGAUAAUGCUGAAAAUGAUUUACAGAUGUGUGAUUUGCUGACAUCUACAUUUCCCUCAUAUUUCUAAAGUGUUUAUUUUGAGAGAUGGCAGAUGCGUACUGAGAGAGCAACUCUCCUCUCGUCGUUAGACAUGUCUUGAAAGUUUUUAGGAAUAGGAGUAUAACCUUUCCUUCUUCUUAUGGGGAUCAUUGCUUUUUCACACACAGCAAAGAUGAUCUGCGUAUGCAGAAAUUUGCCUUUCAUUUAGCAAAUACAACUGUAAAUAAAUGAUGGAAGAACUGGGUUUUGAUACAUUUAAGAAAAGCUGUAUCAUUAAAAGAUAAAAAAGGCAAUUUCAGAA